AUGCAAUCAGAAGAUAUUGAAACACUCACAUUGCGAGGAGAUGAGAAGGCUUUGCGAUCACUGAUUGAAAAAAGAAUUUAUCCACCUUCGUCUUUUCCUUUAAAUACGGCAGCAGGACAUGGCUUGUUGAAUAUUGUAAAAUUAUUUGUUGAGGAAGCGAAAUGCAAUAUCAAUCAGAAAGAUCUGGACAACAUGACACCUCUCGCAAUGGCUUGUUGGCGGAAUCGACACUUAGUCGUUCAAUAUUUAUGUUCUUUUCAGAAUAUUGAAUUGAAUAUUAAAUUUACUAGAGCUGAAAAUACUUGCCUACAUAUUGCAGCCAUGUAUGGAUAUCAUGAUAUUGUGCAAUGUUUGUUGAAAUAUGGAGCUGAAAAAACACUUGUAAAUUAUUAUUGGAGAACAGCAGAGGACGAGGCUUUGAAAAGAGGCUACACAGACUUGGCAUCAUUCAUUUCAAGAUUUGAAUUGGGCAUGGCUAUAAAAUUAAAACUUAAAAGACAGAUACUAGAACAAGACACCUACAGUGAAUAUCACCUUUCUGACAUCUCCCUCAUUGCUGUCUCGUAA